UUUUAUAAUUUAACCUAAAAAAUUAUGAAAUAUAACGUGAUUGUUGCCCAUCUAAUCUCUUAAUAAUAAGAUUCUGCCAUGCCAAAACCCAAACCACAGCUUCCAACCCAUGCCCUCGUGGCCGCUAUUGUUGUUUUACUUCAAUUCCCGGAACUUUGUGUAGCCAAAACCAGAAACAAAUAUUGCAACUCAACUGUUUGUGGAAAUGUCACAAUCAGCUACCCUUUUCGAUUACCAACCCAACCUCCCAACUGCGGCGAACCUCGAUUCGAACUCGACUGCGACAGCAACAACCGCACCGUUUUAUUCUUAAACCAUGGCAGAUUCUACGUCCAAACGAUCUGGUACGAAUACUCUACGAUCCGAGCUAUUGACCCAAACCUCGCUGUGGAUGAUUGCUCCCUUCCUCGCGGCUCCUUAUUGUUCUGGGAUAAAAUGCCGUAUUCUUGGGUUUUCCCAUUGAGUCUCAUGUAUGUAGUGAACUGCACAAAGGCGAUUAAAUCAUCUUUGUAUAUUGAUGCCUCACGCUGCCCCGUUAACUCUUCCGGUUCCGAUCCGCCACCAGAUUCAUACGUUUAUUUUCUGGGUGAACGAACUUCGCCUCGAGAUUUCGACGAGUCUUGCAGAAUCGAAGCUACGGUUCCUGUUAUGGUUCAGAAUAUAAGUGGCUUCUCUACUUCGGACAUCUACGAGAAGCUGUUAAAGCCGGGGUUCGAAUUGUCUUGGAGCUUCGGUUCCGAGUCGCAGCAGGCCAGUCCUAUCCAUGCCCUGUACUUAUAUUUUAUGUCUUCAAAUAACAGGAGGAUUUAUCUUAGCAAGGACUUUGCCCGGGAUAAUUUGCUUGAUUGGACUUGUUAUUUACAAAUGGAGAAGAAGACAUUUAUGUGCGGAUGAUACGAUCGAAGAGUUUCUUGAACGUCAAAAAGAUUUGAUGCCGAUAAGGUAUUCUUAUCGCGAAAUAGAGAAAAUGAGUAAUGGUUUUAAGGAUAAAUUAGGCGAAGGUGGUUAUGGUUCGGUGUUUAAAGGAAAGCUUCGUAGUGGUUAUUUUGUAGCAAUAAAGUUAUUGGGGAAGGCGAAAGGUAAUGGCCAGGAUUUCAUCAAUGAAGUUGCUACGAUCGGGAGGAUUCAUCAUGUUAAUGUGGCGAAACUUACUGGAUUUUGUGUUGAGGGAUCAAAACAAGCUCUCGUUUAUGAUUUUAUGCCGAAUGGAUCUCUAGAUCGGAUUAUAUUCGCAAAAGAAAAUAAGAUUGACUUAAGUUGGAAAAAGAUGUUUGAUGUUGCGCUUGGGGUGGCUCGAGGACUCGACUACUUACAUCAAGGAUGUGAUAUGCAGAUUUUACAUUUUGAUAUCAAGCCGCACAAUAUUCUUUUAGAUGAGAACUUUACACCAAAAGUUGCAGAUUUCGGUCUUGCUAAACGGUUUUCUGUAGAUUAUAGCAUUGUAUCUCUAACAGCAGCACGAGGUACGAUAGGUUACAUUGCUCCUGAAUUGGUCUACAAAAACCUCGGAGGCAUCUCAUAUAAAGCCGAUGUUUAUAGCUUUGGAAUGUUAUUAAUGGAAAUGAUAGGAAAAAGGAAGAAUAUGAACACAUCUGCCGAACACGAAAGCCAAAAAUACUUCCCGUCAUGGAUUUACGAUCGAUAUUAUCAUGGAGAAGAUGUAGAUUUGGGAGAUGUUACGGAUGACGAAAAUAUUAUCGUGAAGAAGAUGGUGAUAAUAGCUUCUUGGUGUGUACAAGUAAUACCUAACGAUCGUCCUUCGAUGAGCAAAGUCUUGGAGAUGUUUGAAACGGAUGUCGAGCUCCUCCAAAUGCCUCCGAAACCUUUUCAACUUCCCUUUGAAGUACCAACGGCUACUCAAUCCUAUGCUUCAACAAAAGAUCAACCCCAUGAUAGUUCAACUGAUGAGACAUCUUAUUUACUCUAUUCUUCAAAUGAAAUUAGUGUAAGUAUAGUGUAACCUACCUUUUCAUAUAUGAUUCAUUGACCAUGGUUGGUUUAAUUUGGUUUUUUUUUCUUUUAUUUCGAGCUCUAAUAUUCUUUAUGAUAUGUUUGUAUAUUAUAAUUGUAUUUAAAAUGUUAUAUAUUUAUAAAAAAAUUGUUGUAUUAAUAAUUACAAAAUCUUAUUUUAAGUACUGUUUUUAGAAAAAUAAAAUAAAAAUUUUCAUUUUAAAUAAUAUAAAAACAUAUAAAUGAUGUUAUCUUAUUAAAAACAAUUAGGGCAUGUUUGGUUGAAGGGAAUGGCUAAGCCAUUACAUGCCUAUUACCUGCCUAUUCAUGCCAGGCUUAAGCCAGGCUUAAGCAGAGACUUUUGGGGAUUUCUAUUCUGUUCCAUCUUCACCGUUUAGCUAUUCAUGAAGAACCCUAUUCUACCCUAACCAAAAUUUCACCUCAAAAACAAUCUCAAUCGGCAGCCAUUUCACGUACCCUUCGACUCCGGCAUUCAUCCUCUUCAUCCAAGAGCCUUGAAGAGGUAGAGUAUCUUGACGUUCUCGUUCUCACUAAAACCGGUAAAAAAAUCGGCGUUUCCAAGCCCAGGGUAGGAGAGGCACCCUUUCCUCAAAUUCCUGCAAAAUUCCUAAGGAUAAAUUGAGCUUCUUGUAUUCACUGAACCACUUAAUGGCUCGUCUGCCUUUAAUAGUACAAGGUGUGAGGCGUAAAAGAAUUGGUCUUGCAUUGACAAUAUGGUUGCAAUUAUGUACAGUUGCGAGUUGGUUCUUACUUACAUUAGGUGCCACUGGGAAAGAUGCUCAAAUUGCCGUUGAUAUUAUUGAAGAAAUAGAUGCUGAGGAUGUAGCUACUACAAAUACUCAUGAAGAAAUAAACGAUUUCCAUGGAUGCGAAGCUGAUGUUUCUUUGGAUGACGUGGAUCUUUCAGGCACACAACAGCAACCAGCUAUAAACCAAGGUGAUUCUACAUUUUCAAAGAAGAAAAAAAGGAUUUUUGAUGCAAGUGAUCAUAUUUCUUCUAUUUCAUUUAAUGAUGCUGCCAUUUUAUUGGCGGAAAAGAUCAAGACCGUUGGUGUUGAAAUCAUUCGGAGUAUUGCCUCCGAGGUGCUAAUUCAACAAAAGUUAGAAAUGACCAUUCAAGAAAGUGCUCUAAAAUUAUAUCCAACAUUAUAUGAAGUAGAAGGUUUAACUGAUGAUGAGCUCUAUCGCGCAUUGAUCAAAAUUCCAGAUCAUCCAACGCAAAUGCUUAUUUUCUUUAGUUUACCUUCUUCUAUACGAUUGGAAUGGGUCAAAAGAUUUCUUGCUAACCAUUAAAUAUCAUGAUUCUGUUGAUGAUAUUUUGAUAACUUUUUGUGUUUGUAAUAUUUGGAUGGUAUAAUGACAUGAUAAAAUGUCAUUACAAUGUUGUAACUUUUUGAGGUUGUCAAAUUUUAUAACAUAUGGAUUAUGACAUAUAAA